AUGUUAGCUUCGAGCUCCGGGGUGAAGGUUGAGAAUUAUUAAUUGUACGCACUGCAAUGCUGCAGCUGAACUUGCAAUUUUGCAGAGGUUUAAAUCCCGAUUUCAACCAAAAACAUAGUACUUCAACUUCUUAAAUCACACUAGUCUGCAUCUGGAUAGAAAUCUGUCGCAGAGAGAGACCCACUGUGCCGUCGUUUGGCUGCUAAAGACCGAAAAACAUGGCACAGAUUGUACGAAGUGGGACCAGCCGGCAGCGGCCAUGUUAUCGUCGUACACUCCUUGGACUUAUGUGCUUUGUGUUCUGUAUCUCGCAUCAAUUCGUUCACGCAGAGCCUGUUUCGGAGGAAAAAAGAGGGAAGCAAAUACUGCCUACAUGCACAAUGGAGCAAUUCCACUAUGAGUAUACUGAAUGUGACAAGAAUGGAGUCCGGUGGCGUGUUUCUGUUCCCUAUCCAGACACAUGUACAGGCGGUGCGCCAGAACCUCCGACACGUGCUGUUGACUGCAAUUUCUCUUGUGGUCCUGGUGAUUACCUGGACAAGGCUGACACCCAGCAGUGUCUCAAGUGCCAGCCUGGUAGCUUCUCGCUGGGCGGGGGAAAGCUCUUCCAAGAUUGGUCUUCACUCCCCGAGGGCUUCACAGUCACCCAAGGCGAAGAAGAAUAUACUUCUCAUUUAAUGGAUGACGACGAAGAAAAAUCUUGCAACAAUUCAAUGUGGGAGCCAAAGGGUAAUCACAUUCGCUCGCCGGGCGACAACUGCAUCUCAAAACUCAUCUAUGCUGCCAACCUCAUGAAGGACGGUUACGUGGAGUUCACGUACUCCCUAGCAACAGACGACACCAUCUUACAUGUGUCGGUGACCAAUGAGAAAUGUGAAGCAGAUAAAUCGGGUGACAGAUGGCCAGACGAAACAGGUGAAGGCACAUGGAGAACAUACAAGAUGCCACUAGAGCCUGGGAUGAACGUGAUCACAUGGAAGGCCGUUGGUAUUGGCUUCACCUACAAGCAAAACACCAAACCCGACCCGGUCCUGAUCAAGGAAAUCAAGAUCAUGGGGGUCAGCUUCACCUCUGAAUGCACCAAAGCCAAACCAGGGACAUUCGUCAAAGACAGUGGGGCCUCUGAUUCUGAAUUGUGUCCAGCCAACACGUUCUCGGCUACUUCAGGAGCUGUCACAUGUACAGACUGCGUUGCUACCACACAUUACUCCAAUCCUGGUGCUACUGAGUGUAUUGAGAAGAAGCCAUGCACUGAGCAGGAUUACUACAAGACCCAUACACCAUGCGAUGAAAAGAACCAGACUCAAGUCAUGUACAAGUGGAUUGAGCCUAGGAUGUGUCGUAGUGACAUCGCUGGCGCUAAGCAGCUGCCAGCAUCAGGUGAAAUAGUAGCGUGUCCUCCUUGUAACCCUGGCAUGUCAGCAUUCAACCACACUACCUGCACCUUCUGUCCUAAGAACAUGUUCUCUGAUGGCAGCUUGGCUUGCAAGGAGUGUCCACCCAACACUGCCCCAGUGUACGGCAUGAACUACAUCCGCUGGCACAUCAUGCCACCCAACAUGGAUGCCACGUGCCUCAGCUUGUCAGGUUUUGGUUGUUCUGAUGAGGCCGGCUGGCAGCUCUCAGAUGACCACAUCCACAGCGGUAAGGGUCACGCAGACGACGUCUACCUAGUCCUUGACCUGGGUCUGGACGGGAUGCAAUCAGAGGAGGGCUACUUUGACGGGAAGGCAGAGGAGCUGGGUGUGAUCUCAUUCUGGUUUAGUCUGGAGUGCACCAGCGAUUGCGUGCUGUUCUUCGUCAGGGAUGGCGCUGACGGCUCGCCUAUUAUCGAGCAAUGGACAGGAUCCCAGCCCAAACAGGAGUACAGGUAUUCCAUCACCAAGAACGAACCCGUCACGUACAGCUGGGCAUUCCAGAAGACAGACAUCCAGCAGUACACGCACAAGGCUACCUACAACUACCGCAAUGAUGUUGCCAAGAUCUACAGCGUGACAGUCACUAAUACCUUAAAUGGUGGUGCUAUGGAGUGCAAGAAAUGCCCUCGAGGCAGUAACGUCAAGGGCUGCAUACCGUGUGAGGCCGGAAAGUACAUUGCCAAUGAUACUAACAAGUGCAUUCCAUGCCCAAAGGAUACGUCUCUUCGUGCCAAUAACCCCUACGGUCCCGAGGCCUGCGUGCCGUGCGGCCCAGGCUUGAUGAGUGAUGAAGGAAUCAGCUGUUACAGCACUUGUCAUGUCCACUCAGACGGAUUCCAUUACGAACUCGGCCAACUCGCAGGGGUCCACUCUGUGCAGACAGGUGCAAGUUUCACCGCUCGAGGUAGCCGCUUCUACCAUCACUUCAACAUCAGCCUAUGUGGAACCAAUAAGGGCAGGGGUGGUGCCACCUGCUACGAGAACGUCACAGAUGUGGAUGCGUCAACAGAUCCUAGUUUUAAGAAGAAGGUUGCGGAUUAUGAGGUCAACAAAGUUGACGGUUACAUCUGUCGGUCGACCAUCAUCCCACCAGCCGCACGGAAUAUUGGUGUACUCUCAGCUCAACCAAUCAGUCUCGGCGAUCGCUUGAUCGGAAUCACCAGAAGCAAUUCACUGCAGAACCUGAAUGAGACCAUCUUCCUACCAACCGAUGAAGGACCCGGGGAUCUUCACUUCUUCUACCACUCAGCCUGGCCCACCAUGGCCUGCCCAGAAGGCCGUAGCACCAUCAUCACCCUCCGCUGUGAUCUCAGCGCCAGUGGGCCAGGAUCCUUCCAUCUCCCUGAGGAGUGUCCCUCAGGUACCUGCGACGGCUGCGCUUUCCACCUGCUGUGGCGCAGCGAGCACGCCUGCCCGCUGUGUCACCAAGGAGACUUCAAGAGCAUCAAGGGAGAGUGUGUGGACGGGAAGCAGCAGAUACAGUACAUGUGGAAGACACCCAAGUUCUGUACCGGCGGUAACCCCCUUCCCGACGAUCUAACCCAAACCUGUGAGAUGGAACCAUGGUACAAUCAGGUGCCCUGGUACGCCCAGGCUUCCAUUGCAGCCUUCAUGGGAUGCGUGGUGCUCCUCAUCACGUGCGCGCUGUACUUCUGGAAGCGCAACCGAAAGCUGGAGUACAAGUACCAGAAGCUGGUGGCAUCAGCCAGCGGGGAGCUACCGGCUGCAGAGACCUGCGCCAUUGAGGACGGCGAUAACGAGGAUGACGUCCUCUUUGAGGACGGCGGCAAGAAGUCACGGAGUUUCUUUGGGAAGUUCCUGUCCAGGCCUAGCAAUGAGAAGGGUUUUUUGCUUGAUGAAGAUGACAUGGACGCCACACCGGAGGUUAUAGAAAUGAAACCUGCCAAGCCCCUCACAAAAAUCUGAACUGUUUUUUUAAGACUCUUUUUGUAAAAUUAUACAAGUUAUUUCAGCUGGUACAGCUUUGAAAUGUCCCAAGCUAGAUUAAGUCUCGUGGAAAAGUUUUGUGUAGAUCAUUUUAUGUUGGCAUUUCUUUCCAAAAUGUAAGGCUCGGUGUUGGGUUGAUGUUUAAAAUAAAAAGCACUAUUUCCUUGAACAAGAAACGCUAAUAACAGGUAUAUUUACUUCAACAUUGAAUGGGAAAUAUACAUGUAUUGUACGUAAAUGCCUAUAAAUUUACUAGUCUGCAGAUUUACUCGAAGCUGCAAGAACACACUAUGUUUUUUUGGAUUUGUCAGGGAAUAAACAAAUUUACUGCAAUGUAAGGCCAAAAAA